UGCCAUUCAAACAUGUCUCAACAAUAGAUGAUGCAAGAGCAUCAUUUAAUAUACAAUUUUUUUCUCUUUUUACGUUAAAUUUCUUCAUAGUCAACGUUAGGAUUCCUUCACAUCCAGCUCAGCUCCAAUGACCCAGCACCGUUCUUCCUGAACAAGUGCACCGUGUCUUCUCUGCAUUGAGCUGUUGACCUUGGAACAUCAGUUCUCAUGGCAGUGUCUCAGACCACUCGGUGGAGGUUGAUUUCUGGGACCUUAGGAGUCAUAUGCCUUUUGUUGAUGGCUACUUUGGGAAUUUUGUUCAACACUUCACAUAGUAAAACAGAUAUUGAACCAACAUCCUCUCCAGGACUCAACAAAGAGCUCCAGAAAGGCUCUGACUGCUGUUCUUGCCCAGAGAAGUGGGUUGGGUACCAACGCAACUGCUACUUCAUUUCCAGUGAACUGAAAACUUGGGAAGAAAGUAGGAAUUCCUGUGUCUCUCAGAAUUCCAGUUUGCUUCAGGUGAAAAACAGAGAUGAACUGGGUUUUAUGCACUCCAGUCAAUACUUUUACUGGACUGGACUCUCUUACAAUGAAGAACGUGGGGACUGGCUGUGGGAGGACGGCUCUGCUCUUUCCCGGAAUCUACUAGAUCAGCCGAUACAUCUUAAACAAAACAGAAGUAAAGCAUUUCAUACAUCAAAUCUGUUUCUGACAACAGCAAAAACUAAAAACUCCCUGGCCUCAGUGCUACUGAUUAGCCUAGUCAAGUCUUCAGAUGAUGACAGCCCCAGACAACACCCUGAAAGCAGCCUCAUGAGAGCCCUGAGCCGGGGCCAUCCUAGUACACUUUUGAGGAAUUCCUAA